AUUUGUGGGCCCCAUACCCAUGUUUGUGACUAUUUUAAUAUACACCCAACAGAAACCCAACCUCUAGUUGUCGAAAAUGACCUUGAUCUGUCCACACGCAACAACUAAGACUUGCUUUAACCGCGUGGUCCUUUUCAAACAAGAACAACGAGAGAAAUUAAACAUGAUUUCAGAGAGUUUAAACUCCCUCACCCUCCUGAGCCAGCUCAGCUGCUCUGUGUGCCUCCCGCGGUCACGUGACUCCGGGAUGAGCCAGAUUAACGGUUCUCUGUCCGUUCACUCACUCAAGCAUCGAUUCAAACAGACGGUGUAUGUAACGGUCCUAACACGCAAAAGGAACAAAGAUGAUUUUGCCGUGGGAGCGGUGGUACUCGACGAGCUGCUGCCUCUGCUGCCAUGUACGAACGGGCACCAUCAUUCUGGGAAUAUGGUACAUGCUCAUCAAUGCGGUGGUCCUACUCAUCCUGCUGUCAGCUCUCUAUGACCCAGUUCAGUACCGCUACCACCUUACCAGCUCUGAGCUGGGCACUGACAUUGAUGUCAUGGACGAUGCAAACAUCUGCAUAGCUACUGCAAUAUCUUUACUCAUGAUUCUCAUAUGUGGCAUGGCAACAUAUGGUGCUUACAAGCAACAUGCUGCUUGGAUUAUUCCAUUCUUCUGCUACCAAGUCUUUGACUUUGCCCUUAAUACACUGGUAGCCAUAAGUGUGGUGGUUUAUCCCAAUACAGUGCAGGACUACCUCCAGCAGCUGCCAGGGACAUUCCCUUACAAAGAGGACAUCAUGUCCACCAACAACUUGUGCCUAGUUUUUGCAGUCCUCCUCUUCAUCGGCUGCAUCCUCUCCUUCAAGGCCUACCUGAUUGGAUGUGUGUGGAACUGCUACCGAUACGUCAGUGGCAGGGGAACCACGGAGGUCCUGGUUUACGUCACCACCAACGAUACCACGGUUCUUCUCCCACCGUAUGAGGAAGCCAUUGCCAUCCCGCCCAAGGAUCCCCCCCCUCAAUAUAUGGGGGCAUGAGUGAUGUUCUCACUGCUGGAACCUUUAUCCUACAACCACCUUUGUACUCUCACCACAUCUCUCUUCAACUGUAGGAUCUUUUUUGUGGCUAAAUAGAAGCAACAAAGUCUUAAAAGCUGGUUUCACCUUGGAUUCCUGCCACCUGUAGAUUUUGUGAUUCUGAGCCAGUGUUGUCAUCAACUUUGCCCUUCAUCUGUCAGUUGCCUACAACCCAUUGUCCUCCCUUCUCCUCAAAGGACAGCUACUUUGGGGACAUUCCCUGACCAACACCUAGCCCUCUGCUUGGUAGCUGCUGACUCCCUGGCAGCAUCUGAGCUCUUGAACACCCCUGUCCCAGAUUAGUUUGCAAUUCAACUUUGAGUGAAAUGUGGCCACCAACUGUUAACCCCCCAAUACUGUGAAUCUCCCUCGUGGUCUUGUACGGGAAAAAAAAACUACCUAAAGAGAUGGUGAAGGAAUUAGAGCCGGGAAGCAACAAAUGAUCAGUUAUGCAAGAGCACUUUUCGUCAGAAACGGACUACGUUCCUUCAUUGAAUGUAAUGUCGGGGGUCUUUUUUUGUAAGACUUUUUGUAUAACAGUGAAAACUGAGAGAGAAAUAUGUGAAAUGUGAAAGCUGUCCUGUUGUGAUAUUAAAAAUAUAUGUGUAUAGAUGUAGCUGGUCCUGCAGGAUAUUAUAUAAGAAAAAAAAAUCAUUGACCAAUAAUGUCUUCCUGCUGUAGUAUUCUGUCUGUAAUCCUGUUAACCAAUCAACUGCAAGUCAAAAACUGCCCAAACAAUGACUUUCUAACCACAGCCUCCCAAAAUUACCUUUCCACAGCCUUCUGUUAUCUGUGAAGACAUUAAUGCAGCUACAGCGUAAUGUCCAACUGUUCAGCAACAACAUACUGCAGAUGAACAUUUGUGCUACUGUUUUUAAAACAGUCUGGCUGUUCCAAUGCUCACCUCUGGCUAAUAAAGCUUGAAAGCAUGUUUUGCACCACUGAGCAUCCUCAACAUGUUCUUACAAAUGCUAUGAAACAUGUCUUUGUUCCUAAAGAGAUAUUGAGUGAUUGUAUCGGUCAGUCAUUGUGAAAACCACAUAAACCUAGUGUUUGUACUGUUUGUUAUAGACUGUACAAGUUCAUGUUGCUUCACAUUUGCAAAGCUAUUUUGAGCAUUUCAAGUGAAAUCUGUCCCCAUGUUUGGGCUGUUGUACAACCAGGCUGUGGUCACUAAAGAUAUGAAAAAGGUUCAGAGUCAAGAUUUCUCCUUGAACACACACAUACUUUACAAGUAGAUACACAUACAAAAGACAACACACACACACACAAAAAAGUUUCAACCUGUGGUAACAUUUGUCUGUGUGUAGAUGUAGAUGCAAUUGUUUUUACAAGACAGACUGAACGUGUUCCUGUAAAGUCAGUGUGACGUGCUACUGUGCAUUCAGAUGCUGUAUCUGUGCGGUUGUAUGAGUGAGUGAGUGUGUAUGUGUCAUUAUGUGAUCUCAAGCUUCCAUUGUAUGUAUUGGAAAAAUCUUUAAUACUAUGUUGAGUCUGUUUCUGUAUUGGUGACCUGUUUGGAAAUUGAUGAUGGAUGGGGAUUUAAAAAAAGUACUGCAUAGUAGCACAAAUCUAUACAGAGUACAAGGAGCCAGAGUUUUCCCACGUUUUAUACCACGUUAUAGUAAAUCAGACGAGUCUUAAUCAUAAAUAAUCCUACUCUUUCCAAUAAUUUCCAAGUACAAAUUAAAUGUAACAGAGUUUCUAUGCAGUAGAGACCUGUAAAUACAUGUACCAUAAGUAGUAGUUUAUUUGAUACUAAUACUGUAGUUGGUGAUGCAGCCCACUGUUGGGCUUCAUCAUCAUCAUCCCUGUGUGAGUUAUGACCAUGGCUGCUGCAAAUCCAACAACACUGAACGACAGAAGCCUCCAAUCAAAUCAGUAAUAUGACUUAAUCGAGAAACUUUAAGCCCAGUCCUGUGGGGAUUAGAGAAUCUGUAUGGUUUGUUAGAAUCACUCCAGACUGUCCUUCAAUGCUUCUCCUCCUCUUGUUGGAUCUGCAUGAGAUCAUGUCUUCAAUUCUCAACAAUAAAAAGUCAAAUUAACCCA